CCCAUGUUUCACCUAAACCGGUUUAUUAUUAAUUACUAUCAUAUUUCACUUAAACCGGUUAAGUGCCUGUAGGUCACAAAAAGCUUGCAUGACAUUCGUGCCAUUCUAUAAAAAUUACUGGCUCGCAGCCGCUCAAUAUCCUAAUCACCCUGUAUAUGCUGACAUAUUCACAUCUCUGCUCUUGUACCCGCCCAUUGCAACUAUUCCACGCGAACAACCCUGUAACAUCGCCUGUCCAUCCUUGUCUCACUCGAGGGAAUCGACUUCCAUCAGGGCCUGACGUAUUGUGACAUAAGCCAUCUAAAAAUAAACAUAACCUAGCUCGACUUCGCGUUGUUUCAAUGCUCUUAAUCGCAAAUUAUGUGGCAAUUUCGAUAAGACGCCAAAGCUGGAAUGGCCCCGCCGACGAUACGGAGCGCCCCAAAGUCGACGCGGCGCGACACUUUCAAGCGCUUCGUGAACGUGUCGAAGAAAUUCCUGCUCGAUCCGCAUCAUUUGGGGCCCGUCUGCCUGCUGCUGUUCCUAGCUGAGGCCAUGUGCAAUGCGCUGAUUAUUGAGAAUGUGCGGUAUACCGAGAUCGACUGGGUGGCCUACAUGCAGGAGGUGGAAGGGUUCCUGAAUGGGACGCUUGACUACCAGCAGCUCAAAGGCGACACCGGACCUCUGGUGUACCCCGCCGGGUUUGUCUACAUCUUCUCCGCCCUGUACUUUGUGACCAAUCGGGGAAAGAACAUCCACUUGGCCCAGUACAUUUUCCUGGUGCUCUAUCUGCUGCAGACGGUGCUGAUGCACCGCAUCUACAGGACAACUGCUAAAGUGCCGCCGUACGCGUUAAUGAUUGCGACGUUAACCUCGUUGAGGAUACAUUCGAUUUUCGUGCUGCGCCUCUUUAACGAUCCCGUGGCUGUUCUGCUGUUCUACAUCAGUUUGAACCUGUUCGUGUCCAACCAGUGGAGAUGGGGGAGUCUGUUCUACUCCCUGGCGGUGAGCGUGAAAAUGAACAUCCUGCUGUACGCCCCCUGUUUGUUGGUGGCCUAUUUAACGAACUUGAGCUAUCGGGAAAGUUUCCUCAAUUUGGCCAUCUGCGGCUUGGUGCAGCUGGUGCUGGCCCUGCCCUUUCUCUAUGCGAACCCCCUGGGCUAUCUGAAGGGCAGUUUCGAUUUGGGGCGCGUGUUCGACCACACGUGGACGGUGAAUUACCGGUUCUUGCCGCGAGAGAUUUUCGAAAACAAGUACUUCCAUAUGGGGCUGUUGUUGUUGCACGUCGCGUUGCUGGUGGUGUUUAUGCCGGCUCUAAGACGGUUUUUGAGCAGCUUUGCAAAACUGACCGUCGUCUCCAAUGCGUUUAACUCGCAAUGCGAGGAGGAAAAGCGCCGGAUUCGCAAGCGAGCCGACGGCACGGGGCUGAAAGCCGGCCAAAAACGCUCGCGCUCCAAAGACUCGCAGGAGAGCUUCUACGAGGAGAAGCUGAAGCUGCAAAACCGCAUGUCCAAGAUCGCCCAGCUGCUCAUUCUGCCCUUCUUCGUCACGAAUCUUAUUGGUGUGGCGUGCGCCCGCUCUAUUCACUACCAGUUCUACGCCUGGUACUACCACAGCUUGCUCUAUCUGGUCUUUUGCACCAAACUAAGCAAGCCGAGCAAGUUCCUGCUACUGGGCCUGAUCGAGUACUGCUACAAAACCUAUCCGAGUACAAAUUUCUCUAGUGUUCUCCUGCAUGUGUGCCAUGGCGUUUUGAUUUUUGGUCUUUUCCAGUCGAUGAAAGCCUGAGUUUUAGUUCCAAACCAAAACUUGUGCUUUUACCUGACUGUUCCAACUGAACCCGUUGUUUAUCGACUUUGCUCUAAACAAUCAAGCGUUGCGUAUUUUUGCCAAUAAAACCCAUUUGUAAAUAAA